AUGAAAGAUUAUGCUGAAACCAUUGGCUUUCUGGGGCAGUGGGGACAUUUCCAGCAAAUUGUCUUCUUCUCGCUCGUUGCCACCAUCAUGCCAAAUGGAUUUGGUGCUUUCACUCUCGUUUUUCUGACUGACACACCAAGUCAUCACUGCCUGGUAUCUGGCAUCAACCUCACUGAAGACUGGCGUAAAAGUGUCAUCCCAAUCAGAGAGGUGGAUGGGAAACGGGAGCUGAGCAGAUGCAGCAGAUACAGGUUGGAUGUGGUCAGAAAUCUCUCUGCUCAGGGAUAUAUUCCUGGCAGGGAUGUCAACCUUACAGACCUGGAGGAGGAGGGCUGUGUAGAUGGGUGGAGCUAUAGCAAAGACACCUAUGAAUCCACUAUAGUUUCUGAGUUUGACUUGGUGUGCAGUAAUCAAUGGAAGCAGACGUUCACAUCUACUGUUUUCUUCGUGGGAGUGCUCCUUGGAUCGUUCUUCUCAGGCCAGCUGUCAGACAGAUAUGGCAGAAAACCCGUUCUUUUUGCAGCUUUGGCACUACAGACAGUUUUCACCUUUGCUCAAGUCUUUUCUGGUUCAUGGAUUAUGUUCCUCAUCAUCCUCUUCAUCAACGGUUUGGGACAGAUGUCCAACUUUGUGGCUGCUCUUGUGUUGGGUUCUGAGGUCUUAACUGGCAAAGUGCGCGUCCUUUACUCAUCUUUGGGCACAUGUCUAGGCUUUGCUAUUGGAUACAUGAUACUUCCACUCUUAGCAUACUUUUUAAGGGACUGGAAAUCACUGUCAUUGGCUUUAUCUUUGCCUUGUGUGGCCUACGUCCCCUUUUGGUGGCUUAUGCCAGAGUCUCCCCGGUGGUUGCUUUCUCGAGGCAGAGUUGAGGAAGCCGAGGCCAUUAUAAGAACUGCUGCUAAGUGGAACAAAGUUCAAGCUCCAAGGAUCAUCUUUGAAGACUGUGGUGUAAAAAAGAUGCAGACACACUCCAAGGAGCAUUACAAUGUCUUUGACCUGCUGAGGCAGAGCAGCAUCAGAGCCACAACACUCAUCCUCUGCUUUGUGUUGUUCACUAUGAUUGUUGGCUACUAUAGCCUGUCUUUCAAUACAGCGCAACUCCAUGAAAACCCCUACAUCAGUUGCUUCAUCUCAGCAGUUGUAGAGAUUCCAGCAUACAUUUCCAGCUGGUUGGCUCUGCUAUACCUUCCACGACGCCUGUCUGUGAUCCUUACGUUGCUCUUUGGAGCUGUGCCACUCUACCUGAUUCAACUUGUUCCAGACGAUCUAUCAAAUCUGGCUCUUGCACUGGAAAUGCUGGGUAAGUAUUCAAUCACGACUGGUUCCUCCCUGAUGUUCGCCUACACCGCAGAGCUUUACCCAACAGUGCUCAGAAACACAGCAACGGGGAUAAGCAAUACUGUUUCCAGAAUUGGAAGUUGCAUUGCCCCUUUAUUGUUAAGUCUGGGUAUGUAUUAUAAGUAUCUACCUUAUAUUAUAUUGGGGACUCUGGCUGUUGUGGCUGCCUUUGCGGCUCUUUUCCUUCCAGAGAGUUUUAAGAAACCUCUUCCUGAAACUAUUGAACAAAUGCACAGACGAGAAAGGAUGAAGUGCCCAUGUCUUACUAGAAAUAUGACCCCUGUACCCGUGGUGCCACUGGACAGUCCACUAUGA